CAUGGCGGCACCUCUCACACUCUGCACAGAGGAGAGAGGAGAGGACAGUUACUAGUACGAGUACUGAGACUGAGUAGUGCAGCUGAGUAACAAAGGAACGAAGUGACUUCGUAAGGAUCGGCCCCCAAAGGUGGGCAGUGCGCAUGGGCAGGGCACGGCACGGGCAUGUGCAUGUGCAGACACAUAAACUACCUACUCUACCUACCUGUCCAGUACUGUACGAUGACGACAGGGACGAUUGUCUCGGCGACGUCAAAACCGCGUUACGUAUGAAGAACAACGCCUUUGGAUGUGAGGGUGUCAUAGUCUCAUACUCGUAGGACACUUCUGCACUUCUGCUGGGACACAAGCUACUUCUUGUCCUUGCAUUGGUUAGUUGUCGGAUCAGGUCAGAUCAGCGGUUAUCAGAAGCUGCUACACUUGGAAACCUAGUGUGGAUGGAGUUCGGAGCGAAGAAUAAGCUUUGCUUGGAGAUCUGCUCUUGUGUCUUGAUUCACUUCACUUCUUGAACCUGCCCUCCGCUCACAGGGAACCUGCCUCGGAGAUCCAACGCCUCGAUCGACAACGCAAACAUGCCGCCAACUCCUGAAACCGAUGCUGAUGCGGCUCAAUUGGCUGCUCUUGGGCACAAGAGCGAAUUAAACCGUAAUUUCUCCCCUUUGGCAAUGCUGGGUCUGGCAUUUGCAAUUCUCAACUCCUGGACUGCACUUGCUGCGAGCUUGUCUUUGGCAUUGCCGAGUGGAGGGCCGACCUCCGUUCUCUGGGGAUUGAUCACUGCUGGUAUCUGUAAUUUGGCUCUGGCAGUAUCUCUGGCGGAGUUUCUAUCCGCAUAUCCAACUGCGGGCGGACAAUAUCAUUGGGUUGCGGUGAUAAGUUGGAAGCCCUGGGUACCCCUUCUUCGCUGGAUCACAGGAUGGAUCAACGUCAGUGGCUGGAUAGCUCUCAUCUGCUCCGGAGGUCUUUUGGGUAGCCAACUUAUUAUCGGUGUCAUAUCACUCAUGCACCCCGACUUUAUUCCUCACAGAUGGCACCAAUUCCUCAUUUAUAUUGGAUAUACUUUAUUCGCCUUUGUCGUGAAUUCUUUUCUGACCGGGUCAUUACCCAUUAUCACGAGAACGGCUUUCAUCUGGUCUAUUACUGGAUUCGUCGUCAUUUCCAUCGCUGUUCUUGCUUGUGCCUCGCCAGAUUAUACUUCUGCAGAUUAUGUCUUCACCGAAUUCAUCAAUGAAACGGGAUGGCCCGAUGGAAUUGCCUGGCUCUUGGGCUUACUGCAGGGAGGCCUUGCAUUAACUGGAUUUGACGCAGUAGCGCACAUGAUUGAAGAGAUUCCUAACGCAGCAGUUGUUGGACCACGGAUCAUGUUUAUAUGUGUCCUGAUUGGGGUUUUCACUGGCUUCAUAUUUUUGAUAGUAUUACUUUUCGUGGCUGGCAAGAUCGAUGGCCCUGAUGGUGUCAUUGAGUCAUCUGCAGGGCCGUUGCUGCAGAUAUUCUAUAAUGCGACUAGAAACAAGGCCGGAGCAAUUUGUCUCCUCAUAUUUCCCCUCGUAUGUCUGCUUUUUGCUACAACAAGUAUUAUGACUACUUCGAGCCGAAUGACAUAUGCAUUUGCCAGAGAUGGAGGCCUUCCCAUAUCCCGUGUAUUUGCAAAGGUACAUCCUAAGCUUGGGCUGCCUCUCAAUGCUCUCUUCCUCAAUGUCGUACUGGUGUUGUUAUUUGGCUGCAUCUUCCUCGGGUCCAGCAGUGCAUUCAACGCCAUCAUCUCAGCCUCAGUAGUCGCGCUUGGAGUCUCUUACGGUAUACCGAUCGCUAUCAACUGCAUUCGUGGACGGAAGAUGCUUCCCGACACAAGGCCUUUUAAGUUGUCAGCUCUCGUUGGUUGGACUGCAAAUUUGAUUGGUAUUGGUUACGUGAUUAUCACGACGAUCCUCUUCCUAUUCCCUCCGGAACUUCCUGUCACAGGAACCAACAUGAACUACUGUGGUGUCGUCUUCUCCAUCAUUCUCGUGAUAUCCAUCGUCCAAUGGUUCGUGGAUGGGAAGAAAAACUUUAGCGGCCCACGUAUCAACCUUGACAAUCUCCAGAAUGGGGCCGUGGUUGGUAUGGAUCCGACUUUGUCGGCGGAGCAGGCUUCGAAUUUUAAUGUAUGUAAAGAUGCUCCAGGUAUGAAGUAAAACGCAUGAGAAGGUUUUAUUAAGUUAAGGCGUGCCUGGAUCUGACGGUCGGCACAGCGGACUGCUGUGCAUUUAAGAAACAAUUGUGUAGCAAACUUGGACGGGUGCGCUGAUCUCAUUGCCGGCGUGCACUCCUCGGAAUUGGUGACUCUCAAGUAUUUCAAAUGGCUCUUAGGUACCCGU